AUGGAGUCUUCCAUCAAGCUAGUGGAUGGUCAGUAUGAAAUCGGCCUCUUAUGGAACUCUGACAAUGUAAGAUUACCAGAUAGUUAUCCGAUGGCUUUCAGAAGACUUGUCAGUUUCGAAAAGUCCUUGAAAAAGAAACCACACUUACUAGAAUGGCAAAACAAUCACAUGCGAACAUUGUUAGAAAAGGGUUACGCCAGAAUCGCUUCGGAGCAAGAGUUAUCAAUAAAGUGGCCUCGAGUUUGGUACACACCCACUUUUAUUGUAGAAAAUCCCAAUAAACUCCCAAUAAAACCAAGAUGUGUGUGUGACGUGGCUGCUAAGGUUGAUGGGGUUUCACUCAACACUUUUCUCCUAAAAGGACCUGACAACCUUGUGCCUCUCCAUGCUGGUCUAUUUAAAUUCCGUGAAAGUAAAAUUGCUGUUAAUGCUGAUGUCAAAGAAAUGUUCCACCAAAUUAAGAUUAAAAAGGAAGACCAGCAAUGUCAAAGAAUACUUUGGAGAGAUGAUGACAUUUCAAGAAAGCUAUUGGUUUACAUAAUGCAAGUUAUGAUGUUCGGCCCUCGAUGUUCACCCACAUGUGCACAGUUCGUCAAAAACCAUCAUGCUAACCUUUUUAAAGAAGAAUGUCCGGAAGCUGUGGAUGGUUUGACAAAAAGAACAAAUGUUGAUGAUUAUUUUGACAGCCACAACACAGUUGAAGAAGCAAUCUCAGUCACCAGAGAUGCCAUACGAAUUUACAAAUCCAUGCAUUUUGAUCUAGUUUCUAUACAAUCUAAUAGCUUUGAACUUCUCUCUCAGAUGCCAGAAACUCAAGUCAAAACUAAAUUAGUCAGCAUCGAUCCAAACGAAUGCGAGGGUUAUAUCGCAAAGGUCUUAGGAAUAUUUUGGCAACCUUCUUCCGAUUGUUUUCUUUACAGACUUGCCGAAGAUGACGAUUUAAAGGAGAUGGUCUUAUCAUCCAAUGCCAUCACAAAAAGGCGUAUUCUUCGUGAGAUUAUGCGAGUGUUCGAUCCGUUGGGCCUAAUUUCAAUCUACAUCAUUAGAGGUAGAAUCAUUCUUCAAGAGGUUUGGCGAGAGGGUUUUGACUGGGACGAGCCAAUCUCAUCAGAAUUGCAAACCAAAUGGUUAACUUUCAUCAAUGAGCUGAAGAAAAUUGAAAGACUCCGAAUUCCACGUCGAUACAUCUCUUUGAAUCCUGACGAUUGCAAGGUAAGCCUUAUUACUUUUGUCGAUGCAUCAGAAAAGGCUUUUGCUGCUGUAGCCUAUUUUCGCUUUGAAUGUAAUGAAAUGGUAGAAGUAUCGCAAGUAAUGGCUAAGGCUAAAGUUGCACCUGUAAAGCAAUUGACUAUUCCAAGGUUAGAGUUACAAGCUGCUGUCCUUGGAGUCCGUUUGGUAUCUACUAUAAAGCAAUCGCAUACAAUAAAAAUUGAUGAAGAGUUGUUUUUAUCAGAUUCUACUACAGUUCUCUCUUGGAUACAUUCAACAACAUUCAAAUUUCCUACCUUUGUUGCAUCUCGUGUAGGAGAGAUCCUUCAUUCUUCAUCUCCACGACAGUGGUAUCAUGUCCGUUCAAAUGACAAUGUUGCUGAUGAUGGAACAAAAUGGUUUGAUGAAUGCAUGGGAGAUCAACUUACAAGGUGGUUUGUUGGUCCAGAUUUUCUUAAGAAAGAAUUUUCGGAAUGGCCUAUUAAACCUUACACUCAACAAGAACAAGAAUCAGCAGAAAUUGUUUCGGUGCACAUUAGACCUGAAUUGCCUUCGUUUGAUGUCUACAACAGUCUGAGUGCAAGAUUUAAAGCAAAAUGGUCUUCCUCUGUUCGAGUUAUCGCUUUUUUGCUCAGAUUCAAAGAUGUCAUUAAGAAAAUUCCGUUCGAAAAACAAGUCUUCAUAACGCCAACUGAAUACACCCGUGCUGAAAAUUGGCUUUUUCGAAAAAUACAGUGUGAAGCCUUUCCCGAAGACUUAUUAUCUCUUCAAAAGAAUGGAAGGGUAUUUUCAAGAAGCUCCAUCCUUAGUUUGUCACCGUUUUUAGACGAAGAAGGAACAAUUCGAAUGCGUUCGCGAGCUCAAAAAGCCAAUUGA